AUGGCCGAGUCGAACCCAGAGCUCCAGGCGAAGCUGCAGGAGCUGGAGCACGAACUCGAGGAAGGCGACAUCACUACGAAAGGCUACGAGAAGCGCAGAACAGUCCUCCUGUCGCAAUAUCUGGGGCCCGAGCACGCAGCGCAACUAGGCCAUUUGCGCCAGGGCAGUUUGGCAGGAAGUCUGGCAGGAAGCGAAGGCUCCGGCUCUCGCGCAGCAUCUCUCGCGGCUAUCUCCGGGCCGCAGCAAUCGCAAUCGCAGCAACGGGAACUGCCCACCAUCGAAAUCCCCCGACCCGAAUCACAGUACACGAGCAACACGCCGAGCUUGGUGGGCACAUCACAGUAUGCCGGAUCAGGAGGCAGCACGGCGGGGUCGUCGCAGUACAUGGCAUACCCGCCCAGCCAGGUCGGACGCUUCCAGGAGAAGCAGCUGGGACUGCGCACAACUUCGCUGCAGCGCAAUGCUUCGCAAUUGUCCCAGGGCAGCGAGACAUUUAUCCCGCGGCCCCAAACGCCCGAAUACAACUACUCGCGCGAAGGCACAAUGAUGGGCUCCAAUUAUGCUUUCAACCCAGAUACUCAGCCAGGCUACGAUGGAGGCUACCCGUCGCCUGGCGGAGACGUCAGCAGGAGAAGCACGAUGCUGGACGUGAACCAGGGCUACUUCUCCGACUUCACUGGGCAGCAGAUGCAGGACCACCGCGAUUCGUACGGCGGCCCGAAUCGAUACUCGUCUGGAGACGCCUUUUCCCCGACCGCAGCGAUGCCUCCGCCCAUGAUGAACCCCAACGAUUUGCCAGGCGCGGGCGUAGUUGACACCAUGCUCCCGCUGGAGCCACGAGACCUGCCAUUCGAUGUGUACGACCCGCACAACCCAAACAUCAAGAUGUCCAAGUUUGACAACAUUGGCGCCGUGUUGCGACAUCGAGGGCGGACGCAAGCGCGGCAAACCGCAUUUUGGGUGCUGGAUCCAAAAGGCAAGGAAGUGGCUUCAAUAACAUGGGAGAAGGUUGCAAGCCGUGCGGAGAAGGUGGCCAAAGUCAUCAGAGACAAGAGCAACCUCUACCGUGGCGAUCGUGUAGCUUUGGUGUACAGGGAUACUGAAGUCAUUGAAUUCGUGGUAGCGCUGAUGGGCUGCUUCAUCGCGGGCGUUGUCGCGGUACCCAUCAAUAGCGUCGACGAUUACCAGAAACUCAUUCUCCUCCUGACUACCACCCAGGCACAUCUUGCUCUGACGACGGAUAACAAUCUCAAGUCCUUCCAUCGUGACAUUAGCCAGAACCGCCUGAAGUGGCCAAGCGGAGUCGAGUGGUGGAAGACGAACGAGUUCGGCAGCUACCACCCAAAGAAGCAUGACGAUACUCCUGCGUUACAGGUUCCUGAGGUGGCUUACAUUGAGUUCUCACGGGCGCCCACAGGUGAUUUGAGAGGUGUAGUCCUCAGCCAUCGUACCAUCAUGCACCAAAUGGCAUGUAUCAGCGCCAUGGUCACCACAAUUCCCACGGGACGCGAGAACACAGACACGUUUGGUGCGCAUCUUCGCGACCAGAACGGCAAGUUCAUUGCACCGCCGCCUCGAAGCUCACCAACCGAGAACAUUCUCAGCUACCUCGAUCCUCGUGAAAGCGCAGGCAUGAUUCUAGGCGUAUUGUUUGCCGUCUAUGGCGGCCACACUACGGUAUGGACGGAGCCGUCCACAAUGGAGACGCCUGGUCUCUACGCACAUCUCAUUACGAAAUACAAAGCGAAUGUCCUGGUGGCAGAUUACCCAGGCCUUAAGCGCGCUGCAUACAACUACCAGCAAGACCCUAUGGCUACGAGAAACUUCAAGAAGAACUCUGAACCAAACUUCAGCGCAAUCAAGAUUUGUCUAAUUGACACACUCACGGUAGACUGCGACUUCCAUGAGAUCCUUGGAGACCGGUGGUUCAGACCUAUGCGGAACCCGAGGGCGCGUGAACUCAUUGCGCCUAUGCUGUGCUUACCUGAGCAUGGCGGCAUGAUCAUUUCCGUGCGUGAUUGGCUGGGUGGCGAGGAGCGCAUGGGAUGCCCUCUGAGCAUAGCUGAAGACGAGGAAGAUGACGAAGAGCCCACUGAGGAAGCCACACCUACCAAUGGCUACUCGAGUCUCAUUGGUGGUGGUACUCAAAAGAAGGCAACCAAGGAGAAGAAAGGUCGCACUGAGCUGACCGAGAUCCUGCUUGACAAAGAAGCGCUGAAGAUGAAUGACAUUGUGGUUCUAGCGAUAGGCGAGGAAGCCAGCAAACGUGCGAACGAACCUGGGACAAUGAGAGUCGGUGCCUUUGGUUAUCCCAUACCAGAUGCCACGUUGUGUGUUGUUGACCCAGAGACCAGUUUGCUCUGUUCACCAUACUCUGUGGGUGAGAUCUGGGUAGACUCGCCCUCGCUAUCCGGUGGUUUCUGGCAGUUGCAGAAGCACACUGAAACCAUUUUCCACGCCCGGCCAUAUCGCUUUGUCGAAGGUAGUCCGACGCCACAGCUGCUCGAGCUCGAAUUCCUGCGCACGGGACUUCUCGGUUGCGUCGUAGAAGGCAAAAUCUUUGUGCUAGGUCUGUACGAAGAUCGUAUCCGACAGCGCGUAGAGUGGGUGGAGCACGGGCUAGAGACCGAGCACCGCUACUUUUUCGUCCAGCAUCUUGUCUCCAGCAUCAUGAAGGCGGUGCCGAAGAUCUAUGAUUGCUCAGCGUUCGACUCUUAUGUCAACGGAGAAUACUUGCCAAUCAUCCUUAUUGAGACUCAAGCUGCUUCAACAGCUCCUACGAACCCCGGCGGUCCUCCGCAACAGCUCGACAUUCCGUUCCUCGACUCAUUGUCGGAGCGAUGUAUGGAGGUGCUCUACCAAGAGCACCACCUACGGGUGUACUGCGUAAUGAUUACAGCUCCUAACACGCUGCCUCGAGUCAUCAAGAACGGUAGGCGCGAAAUUGGUAACAUGCUUUGCAGGAGAGAGUUCGACAAUGGCUCUCUACCUUGCGUUCACGUCAAGUUUGGUGUCGAGCGAUCUGUACAAAAUAUUGCCCUGGGUGACGACCCCGCAGGUGGCAUGUGGUCGUUCGAAGCAUCCAUGGCCCGCCAGCAGUAUUUGAUGCUUCAGGACAAGCAGUACUCUGGUGUCGAUCACAGAGAGGUCGUCAUCGAUGACCGCACAUCCACGCCGCUCAACCAAUUUUCCAACAUCCAUGAUCUGAUGCAAUGGCGUGUGUCUCGCCAAGCCGAAGAGCUUGCCUACUGCACAGUCGAUGGCAGGGGCAAAGAGGGCAAGGGUGUCAAUUGGAAGAAGUUUGACCAGAACAGUUGCGGGAACAAGGUAAAGGUACAGGCGGGCGACCAUCUGCUGCUCAUGUACACACACUCGGAGGAGUUUGUGUAUGCGAUUCAUGCCUGUAUGAUUAUGGGCGCAGUCGCGAUCCCCAUGGCUCCCAUCGACCAGAACAGGUUGAACGAAGAUGCGCCCGCCUUACUCCACAUCCUUGCUGACUUCAAAGUCAAGGCGAUACUGGUCAACGCCGAUGUAGACCAUCUGCUUAAGCUCAAGCAGGUAUCGCAGCACAUCAAGCAAUCCGCGGUCAUUCUCAAGAUCAAUGUACCACACACAUAUAACACGACAAAGCCACCGAAACAAUCGGCUGGCUGUCGUGAUCUCAAGCUGACCAUCCGACCCGCGUGGGUUCAGUCUGGCUACCCAGUUAUAGUUUGGACAUAUUGGACACCAGACCAGCGCCGGAUUGCGGUACAGCUAGGACACAGCCAGCUCAUGGCACUGUGUAAAGUUCAAAAAGAGACGUGCCAGAUGACCAGCACAAGACCGGUCCUUGGAUGUGUGAGGAGCACAAUUGGACUGGGCUUCAUCCAUACCUGCGUGAUGGGCAUCUUCCUUGCAGCGCCGACAUACCUCGUGUCACCCGUGGACUUUGCCGGGAAUCCCAACAUCCUCUUCCAGACAUUGUCGAGAUACAAGAUCAAGGAUGCGUAUGCUACAAGUCAAAUGUUAGAUCAUGCCAUGGCGCGUGGCGCUGGCAAGACGAUGAGUCUGCAUGAACUCAAGAACUUGAUGAUUGCGACAGAUGGCCGCCCGCGCGUCGACGUCUACUCUCGAGUACGCGUGCAUUUCUCACAGGCACAACUUGACAAAACAGCGAUCAAUACUGUAUACUCCCAUGUGCUCAAUCCGAUGGUCGCCUCGCGGUCAUACAUGUGUAUAGAGCCUAUAGAGCUCCAUCUUGACGUCAACGCAUUACGGCGAGGCCUCAUCAUGCCUGUUGACCCUGACACGGAACCAAACGCAUUGUUCGUCCAAGACUCUGGCAUGGUACCUGUCAGCACACAAAUCUCGAUUGUCAACCCAGAAACGAAUCAUCUUUGUUUGGUGGGCGAGUACGGUGAGAUCUGGGUCCAGUCUGAAGCAAAUGCACACAGCUUCUACGGGUCAAAAGACCGGCUGGACGCUGAGCGCUUCAACGGCAGGACUGUUGAUGGCGAUCCAAACGUGCGGUAUGUCCGCACGGGCGACUUGGGCUUCUUGCACAAUGUGACACGACCGAUUGGCCCCAACGGCGCGCCUGUAGAUAUGCAAGUACUGUUCGUGCUAGGAAGCAUUGGAGACACCUUCGAAGUAAAUGGCCUGAACCACUUCUCCAUGGACAUUGAACAGUCUGUGGAGCGUUGUCACCGGAACAUAGUGCCAGGAGGCUGCGCCGUGUUCCAAGCCGGCGGCCUUGUCGUUGUCGUGGUCGAGAUUUUCCGCCGCAACUUCCUUGCUUCCAUGGUCCCUGUCAUCGUCAACGCCAUCCUCAACGAGCACCAACUCGUUAUUGACAUCGUCGCCUUCGUCAUCAAGGGUGACUUCCACCGCUCCCGCCUAGGCGAGAAACAACGCGGCAAGAUUCUUGCAGGGUGGGUUACACGCAAGAUGCGCACGAUUGCUCAAUACAGUAUCCGCGACCCCAACGGGCCUGAAAACCAAAUGAUGAUAUCCGAAGAGCCCAGACCAUCGAUGUCGAUGAGCAUGGGCGGUAUGCGAGCCGGAAGUACCAAAGGCAGCAUGCGAGCUGGCAGCAUACUAGGUCUCGGAGCACAACUGAACAGCAUGCAACUCUCCCAGCAACAAAAUACAGCCAUCGGCCACGAACUUCCCGGCCAAGCAGCACCUGGCAACUUCUCGCAACAGCAACCUCCUCAGCAAGACUAUUACUCACAAUCGAGCAUACCCGAAUUGCGCGACGAUAAAACGCCCACCGAGGCACGACACAGUUUCCUACACCAAAGUAACGCAGUGAACCAGCAGAGCGGUCCAAUGGAUUACAGCCCCAUAGACCGCGCCGGUCCCUAUGCCCAGCACCACGAUGCAGGCCCAGGAGAAGGCAACUAUCAACAGCAAAGCUACGGCAACGCCCAAGCCCCCUUACCCGACAUCCUCCGUCCCGGGCCCGAACCCACGCCGUUCUACAGCGACUCGCAGCCGUACGACUACAGCCCCGAAUACGAGCAGCAGGGCGGCCAGCGCUGGAGUUUCGACGACGACGAACGGCCAGCUGGAGGGUUGCGCGUCGCGAAUUUCGGCGACGACGAUAGGGAUGAUGGCAGGUCUGGCAGUGGGAGUGGGGGCGGAGGCUUACGGGUUGCGAAUUUCGAUCAGGAGGAGGAGGGGGGACAGACGGGAGGGUUGAGGGUGGCGAACCGGGGGAGUGUAAGCAGCGAGAUUAGUGAGAAGAGUUGGACACGAGAUGCGCUUGCGGGGCUGAAUUUCGUCGGGGGCAGUGGGAAGUGA